AUGAUUACUUCCAAGUAUUUUAAUGAUAUUAAAGAUUUUAUUAAUUUAGAAAUAGGAAUUAAAAGAUUUCAAGGAAAUAUGGAACGAUUUCAUUUUAAUCCAAUUCCUUUAAAUGAACAUUCAAGAAAAUUAUUUGCUAAUAUUGAAACAUUUCAUAUUUAUAAUAAAUAUGAUAAAAUAUUUAAUGAUGGAAAAAUAUUUAAAAAAAUAAUAUGGUAUUUAAGAUAUAGUUUAAUAUUAGAGUCAUUGACACAGUUACAUACCACACAAUAA